GAAUCACCUUAAUCCAAAUCUUCUCCCUUCUCCCUUCUCAAACAUUUAAUCAUAAACUCAAAACGACAAAUUAAACACAAAAAACGACAAUGAUUUCCUUAACCUCCACCACCCUGAAAACCAUGUCUCCUCCUCCCCAUGUCCACCCAAUUUCUAAAACGACAACCUUUCUUCCCUCUCUGAUCAAAACCACCCGCUGGGCUCACAUCACCAAGCGGCCCACCACCACCAUCACCGUCCGAGCUCAAUCCAUGGAGUCUUCUCAGCCUUACGACCACCGUGAGUCGACCCAAACCAACAAACCCCUUUUCAACCACAACCCCACUUCGCUCAAAAUUGCAGUCAUUGGGUUCGGAAACUUCGGUCAGUUUCUUGCCAAGGCCUUCGUCCGCCAGGGCCACACCGUCCUCGCCCAUUCUCGCUCCGAUUACUCGGCCACCGCCCAGAAACUGGGAGUCUCCUUCUUCAGUGACCCAGAUGACCUCUGCGAACAACACCCUGAAGUUGUCGUUCUCUGUACUUCGAUUUUAUCAACUGAAAAAGUCAUCAAAACGAUACCGUUUCAGAGGCUCCGUCGUAACACUCUCGUUGUCGAUGUCCUCUCCGUUAAGGAGUUCCCUAGAGACCUUCUCCUCAGUUACUUACCGCCCGAGUUUGAUAUCCUCUGUACUCACCCAAUGUUCGGACCCCAAAGCGGUAAAUUCUCGUGGGUCGGGCUACCCUUCGUGUUCGAUCGGGUUCGGAUUGGUUCUGGCGAGUAUCGGAACGACCGGUGCGAUGAGUUUCUGGGGAUUUUCGCCAGAGAAGGGUGCCGUAUGGUGGAGAUGUCUUGCGCCGAGCACGAUCGGUACGCUGCCGGGUCUCAAUUCGUGACCCACACCAUGGGUCGGGUCCUGGAACGUUUCAGAUUGGAAUCUUCACCAAUCAACACUAAGGGUUACGAGACACUGUUGAAUCUGGUCCACAACACGGCUGGGGAUAGCUUUGACUUGUACUAUGGUUUGUUCAUGUACAACAAGAACGCGAUGGAGCAACUUGAGAGGUUGGAUAUGGCGUUCGAGGGUUUGAAGAAGGAACUAUUUGGGAACCUUCAUGAGGUUUGUAGAAAGCAAUUGUUUGGGCAUACUGAAGGUAUAACGGAAAGUAUCAUCGGAGAUAAGCAGGAGGAGAAGGUGCCCAAGUUUCUUCCGCCGAGCCCUAUAAACAACAACAACGGCAUUGAUCAAUUGACUCAAACGACUCAUCAAGCUAGUAAAGUCCAUAGCAAUGGAGUUUCGAACAGCUCUGCUACAAAUGGCUCUCUGAAGCUUUCCACCGAGACCGCCAGAUGAAGACGCAGACAUAAUUUUUUUUAUUAAUUAUUUUUUGGUCCCUUAGGAGGGUCUUUACUUUAAAAUAAGAAAAUGGAGGGCCUCUUCUGAAAAUAAUAUAUAUAUUAGUGAUUGGACAAACAGUGGGACACAAUAAGUAAAUAGUGAGAGAGAUAAUGGAUUUACUUGUUAAAUUUAGUGCAUAUUUUUUUAUUUUUCUUCUUUUCUUUUUUUAAACUAUAGAAUGUAAAGAAAUGGUAUCAAUAAUAAACUACAUAAUGUGGACA